AUGUCUGCUCCACAGCAACCACAGCUUUCUAAGAAGGAACAAAAGAGAUUAGCUGAUAAAGCAAGAACAGAGGCAUUCAAUAAAAUGAGAAGAUCGGUUUUAGAUGCUGAAGAAAGUAAUGAUUUACUUGAAUUAAUCCCAAUGAUGAGAACAUUUAAGAGAAAUGGUCUUGAUGUCACCGCUACAUACUAUACUAAGCUUGAUCAGGAUCUCUUAAAGUGGGCUUUAGAUUUAACGGAUCGCAACAUGCAUCAAAUCUAUGAAGACUCCUGGGGAUGGAAUGAAACAAAGAAGCUCAAUGAACUCAAGGACAAGGCCGCUAGAUUCAUUGUCUUGAGACAAGGCGACGAACUUUGUGGUUUUGUUCAUCUCAGAUUUGAGUUUGAAGAUAACAUUUCCCACACAUACGUUUCUGAAUUACAGAUUGAACCAAAGUUCCAACGCCAUGGUCUCGGCAAGUUCCUCCUUCAAUGUGCUGAAUUAAUCACAAUGAAGAUGGGAAUUAUCUGUGUUAUGUUGACAGUCUUGAAGAAUAAUAAUAAUGCAUACAAUUUCUACAAGAAGAAUAACUAUAAAUUCCAUCCAGAUUCUCCAAGUGUUGCAGACCCAGAAAAUGCUAUAGAUUACUACCAUGAAAUUCUUGUUAAGGACAUCUGCAAGAGACCAGCUAUAUAG